GGCCACGGCCUGGCUAACGUUGACGUCGGUAUGUCGUUUCGUUCCUGGCUCGAUCUUGCUCCUGCUGCAAAGCCAUCUUCACACAUGCUUGACGUGGCACCCUACUUAUCUCGUCGAGUAUCGGAGCUAUCAACAAUAUCGAUGCGUAAGGCGAAAUUUUAGGUGCGCUCCUGUGCGUUGUCGAGAGGCAUUCGUUGCGUUGGCCCCCUAUUUUGGCCACUGAAAGCCAGACGUUCCUAUGGAUUGACUUCCUUCUUCCUGAAUGGGCCCUUCGAGCCUCCCGUGCAUUGUCCAUGAGAACUUCUAGUACUGGGCUUUCCGCGUAGGUCGCUGAAACCAUUGUAACUUGUGGUGUGUUCUACCGAAUUAGAUCGGCCUUUCACGCACUGGACACGGCUGGAAGCAUAAUCUCGCGGGUUUCUAAUACCGCAUCGUUGUACGGCUAUUGGCCUUAACGCAAUUGCGAUCCACAGAGCAUGCUUCAAUGUGACACUACAUGUCAUUUCCCAGUGAGGUUUAACGGGAAUCUAAUCGUCGGCUCAAUAACGGACCAAAGCCUGUAUCGCCCCUACAUCUAUAAGCCUCCGUUUGACAUUGGAGGUUGCCAGGUUCGGCUCAGGCAUGAAGUUGUUCAAGCCGAUUGUCAUCACCGUCUUAUUCAUCCUCGCGGAGGAUGGCAUUCUGCCUCGCGCCAACUCUGAGUCAUCGGCGGCGGACAGAUCGCCUCUCCUGCCAGUGGCAACGCCGCAGUUGUAGGACAAUCUAUCCCCUUCCAGUCUUUCGAGAACGGGGACGGGUCCUCUUACAGCCUAAUCACUGUGUACUUUCUUGCUGACCCGCCAGGCGCGGGCGACAUGUCCUCUUCUGGGACGUUCACCAACUUCUUACACUCUUUUGGUCACUAUACAAUCUUUAACCCCAGCGUACCUCUUCUGCCCGGAUUUCCACCUCCGCCCUCGACGCCUACUAUUCCGGUCCUCGGUCCAUCUGUGAGCGAUGGCGAGCUGCAUUUCUCAGUCAUUGAGAACCCUCUAGACUCUUCGUGCACGAUGAGCUCUAAGUAUGUCAAUAGCUUGUCGUUCACACCUGCAGAAUAUACAGUACCGGUCAGUAGUAUUCUGGAUCCGGGGCAACGUUGCGUCAACACGAAAUUGUAGCGCCGGUUCUGACAGUGAGAACUUCCUGUACUCGGCUCCGUGAUCGCAAUGAAGACAAAGUUCAUAACUC